GGAAGAUUGACUACCGCUAGACACCAGGAAAUCAGCUCAGAGGGGCCCGGCCACGGACCCACCUCGAGGAGAGGGGCUCAGUCAUGAUUCAGCACCAGGGAAUUCCCAUCCAGGAAACCACCUGCCAUUGACCCACAGGCUGUGUGGGAAAGAAGCUGACCUGGUAGCUCAGCCUCUGCCAUCAAGUGAGUUCCCAGAGUGCUGCGGUGGCUGUGAAGGCCGGCCAGGAUCCUAGGCUCUAUGAGCAGGGGAACGUCGAAUAGGAACCAGGAGACCAUCCCCAGAGACUAUACCCAGUUCUGGUGCCCACAGUUCAUAAGGACGGCCAUGCUGGGUCAGACCAAAGGUCCAUCUAGCCCAGUAUCCAGUCUUCCGACAGUGGCCAGUGCCAGGUGCUUCCGAGAGAAUGAGCAGAACAGAUAAUCGUUGUGUGAUCCAUCCCCUGUUGCCCACUCCCAGCGUCUGGAGUGGGUUCAUAGGCAUUGCAAGACUGGCUCAGAUCCUAGCACCAUCUAGUGCCGUAUGCCAACUCGGACAGCGUCCCAGCUGCUGCAGAGAAAGGUGUGUGAACCCUACAGUAGCAUGUGCGGGGUAUUCCGCCCCCCACGUUAGGUCUCAGCCUGGACUGCAAGGGAGCAGAGUGGCCUGAAGUGCAGGCCACAAGAAUGAUUCCAGGUCUGGAAAAACCUUCCUUGUAGUGAAAGACAGAAGAAGCUCCGUCUCUUUGGUUUCUCCAAGGGAAGGCUCAGAGGUAACUUGGUUCGGGUUUACACACCCCUGCAUGGGAAGGAGGUUCCUGAUGGCAGAUGGCUCUGUCAUCGACAAAGUCUGAACGAGAUCCACAGCUGGGAGCUGCGGCAGACCGGAGAGAAGGGGCACAUUUUUGACAGACACUGGGGCAGCCUUACCAAGGGACAUGGUGGAUUCUCCUUCCCUUGGGGUCUUUAGGGGGCGACUGGCAGGGUAUCCUCGAAGACAUGCUGUAGCUCGGCCACGAGCUGUGGGCUUCGUGCAGAGAUCACUGGGAUUCCCCGAGCCCAACCUGGCCGGGAUCCCCCGCAUGGAGCCAGGGGAAGAGCCGAGGGUCCCGGAUCUCCCGGGCUCCGAGGAAAGGGAGACCCCGAGAGGCGCCCACCCAGCAGGUGCCGGGGCAGCCAGCGAGAACGAGGAGGAGAAUCCCCAGCAAGAAGGGCCUGCAGAACCUGAGCGACACGCGACGUCCUGGAGCCCCGAGCAGGGAGACGUCGGUGGGGCAGGACGGCAGGGAGGAAACCUCCCAAGGGAGAGCUCUGCUGAGCGGGAAGGAGAUCCCUGGCAGCUCCAAGACUCCUCUGGGCGUCCGGAGGAGAGACUGGCCAUAUGUGGGCAGUGUGGGGAGAGCUUCUCUCAAUACAAAGACCUCGCUGAGCACCAGAGAUCCCAUAGAGAGGAGAGGCCCCAUCAAUGCCCUGACUGCGGGAAGGGUUUUACCUGCAGCUCCCACCUCCUCCAGCACCAGCGCACCCACACGGGCGAGAGACCCUUCCAGUGCCCCGACUGCGGGAAGGGCUUUGGGGUCAGCUCCCACCUUGUUGUCCACCAGCGGGUCCACACCGGGGAGCGUCCCUACAAAUGCCCCGACUGCGGGAAGGGCUUCAGCCAGAGCUCCCACCUGGCCAAGCACCAGCGCACCCACACCGGGGAGCGGCCCUACAGGUGUGCGGCCUGUGGGAAGAGCUUUGGGGACAGCUCCUACCUGAUCCAGCACCAGCAUGCCCACACCGGGGAACGCCCUGGUGUGGGCGGUGGGAUGGGUGCAGAGGACAGGCCUCACCCGUGCCCCCAGUGCGGGAAGAGCUUUGGCACCAAACUGGCCCUGAGCCGGCAUCAGAAGGUGCACAGCGAGGAGCGGCCCUAUGAGUGCGCUGAGUGCGGGAAGAGCUUCAAACUGAGCCGGCUGCUUAUCCAACACCAGCGGAUCCACACCGGGGAGCGGCCCUACCGCUGCCCCGACUGCGGGCAGAGCUUCGGCCGCAGCUCCCACCUCCGCUCCCACCAGCACAUCCACACCGGAGAGAAACCCCACCCCUGCCCUGACUGCGGGAAGGGCUUCAGCCACGGCUUCCAGCUGGCUCAGCACCGGCGCGUCCACACGGGGGAGCGGCCCUACGGGUGCCCUGCCUGCGGGCGCAGCUUCAGCCACCGCUCCACCCUCAUCAAGCACCAGCGCACCCACACCGGGGAGCGGCCCUACCGCUGCGCCCAGUGCGGCAAGAGCUUCAACUGGAGCUCCGCGUUCAUCAAGCACCGCCGGACCCACUCGGAGGAGCGGCCCUUCCGCUGCUCGGACUGCGGGAAGGGCUUCCGCGAGAGCUGCACCCUCAUCCAGCACCAGAAGAUCCACUCGGAAGAGAAACCCUACAAAUGCCCCGACUGCUGCAAGAGCUUCAGCCUCAGCUCCUACCUCGCCAGGCACCAGAAAAUGCACACGGACAGGUCAGUUCAGCCAAACCCAUCAGGAUCCCUCCUGACCCUGCCCAGCCAACUCAGGAAUUAUGGUCCAGAGGAACGAGGAGGAGCUGGGACCUUCUCAGGAAGAGGUGUGGCAGGAACCCCCCAAAUGUCCCUCUUGCCACCCGAGCUGGGGGAGCCGCUGACCAUCUGCAGCCAGUGCGGGAAGAGCUACAGCCUGAGCACCCAGUUCCUGCGGCACCAGCGGACCCACGUCCGUGAAAAACCCUUCAAGUGCGACGAGUGUGGGAAGAGCUUCGUGGACAGCUCGGCCCUGCUCACACACCGGCGUGUCCACUCCGGGGAGCAGCCCUACCGCUGUGCCGACUGUGGCCGGCGCUUCAGCCGCAGCUCCAACCUGAUCCGGCACCAGCGCACCCACCGAGAGCUGCGGCCCCACCAGUGCCCCGAUUGCGGGAAGAACUUCGCCGAGGCCUCCUGCUUCCUGCAGCACCGGCACUCCCAUGCAGGCGAGCGCCCCUACCUCUGCCCUGACUGCGGGAAGAGCUUCCGCCACCGCUCCGCCCUCCUGGCCCACCGCCGCACCCACCUGGGGGAGCGGCCCUACACGUGCUCCGAUUGCGGGAGGAGCUUCCACCAGAGCUCCCAGCUCUCUGCCCACUGCCGGGUUCACCUGGGCGUCAGGCCCUUCCAGUGCCCUGACUGUGGGAAGAGCUUCUUGGACAGUUCCUCGCUGAUCAUCCACCAGCGCAUCCAUACUGGAGAGAAACCCUACAGAUGCCCCGAGUGCGGGCGCAGCUUCAGCCGCAGCUCCAACCUCCUCCGGCAUCAGCGCAUCCAUGCCAGGGAGCAGCCUUUCAAGUGCCCCCAGUGUGGGAGGAGCUUCCGGGAUGGCUCAGGUCUGGCUCAGCACGAGGGGUCCCACCUGAAAGCCAAGACAUACCAGUGCACCCAGUGUGGGAAGGGUUUCAGCCAGAGCGCCACCCUCAUUAGGCAUCAGAGGAUUCACACCGGGGAGCGGCCCUACACCUGCCCUGAGUGCGGGAAGAGCUUCAGCCAGAGCUCCACCCUCUUCCGACACCGGAGGAUCCACACAGGCGAAAGGCCCUACAAGUGUCCCCAGUGUGGGAAAAGCUUCAUCGAGAGCUCGGCCCUGAUCCAGCAUCAGAGAAGUCACACGUGACAGAGGCCACUAGGGGAGUGCAUCCAUUGGAAGUCAACCAUUGGCCAGUAUCAGUGUGGUGCCGGCAGGAGCAGGUGCCUGGAAUAUUAUGGGUUCAUUGGUGGGAGGAGAACAUCAACCAUUGGCCAACGUCAAUGUGGCAUUGGCAUGACAGCAUGGCUGGAACAUCGUAGAUUAAUUGGCUGGAGGAGAGCGUCAACUAUUGACCAAUAUCACUAUGGUGUUGUUGUGCAUUUGUGUCUGGAUUAUCAUAAAUUAAUCAACCGGAGGAGAAAGUCAACCACUGGUCAAUGUCAACAUGGUUUUCGUGUGAGAAUGUGGCUGGAUUAUGGUAGAUUAAUCAACCUGAGGAGAAGAUCAACCAUUGGCCAAUAUCAGCGUGGUUUUGGUGUGAGAACGUGGCUGGAGUAUCACAGAUAAAUUGACUGGAAUUUUCAAAUGACCCUAAUGGUGUCAAGUGACCAGGUUCGAAAUUCUCCCUUGGAAAUCCCAGCCAUAGAUGUGGAAGGCCAGAAGGGACCAUUACAAUCACCCAGCCUGUCCUUAUGCCUAGCGCAGUGAUAUACUGACAUUCUUGGCAGUGUGUGGCGGAGGUGUGGAGUCUGCUCAGUGUGCCUCGGAAUCCUUGGUGUGGACCAAAACCCCACGGUGGUUGGUGCUGUACAGACACGGAACGAGACGUCAGUCCCUGUCCCAGAAAUCGUACAAUCAAAGUCUAAAACAAGAGACAACAGAUGGAUACAGAUGGAAUGAUGGUGGAGUACAAGGAAACAAUGGGACACUGCUGGUCAGCAUGACUGACCGUGGUCUCAGCACCAGCGGUCUAACCACUGUCAAGUUUUUUGUAGGACUGAUGGCAUAGGAGGGAUUUGAAGGAGGAGGAUGUUUAAGGGGGGGCCUUUCCCCGGCAUGAGGGUUCAGCAUGGGAGAAAGCGCAAAGGGGCUGGUUUUAAAAGGUCAGUCCAAUCUGGAUUGAAAAAUGGCCAGUCAUGGAGAGUCCACCGUGACCCGUGGAGAGUUGUUCUUAUGCUUAAUUAUUAUUCUCACAAAACUUUGCCCCUUAUUUCCGGUCUGAAAUUGUCUAGCUUCAACCUCCAGCCCUUAGAUCUUGUUAUGCAAUGUAACUGUAUCAGUUAAAAAAAAAAAAAUCACACCCCGACCACCAAAGCUCUGCUGGAAAAAGACGUAGGGGAGACCCAAUGAUACCAGUGAAAAAGGCCCUGUUGCUGGAAUAGCUUAUUCUGCCUGGGGAACCGAUAGAAGCCAAGCUAAAGGAACUCUGUUGGUGGCAUAAGCUAGGUCUCCGCAAGGGGGCUUGCUAGUAUAGCUGUCCUGCUCUAACCGGGGUUCUCAAACCUUUUUUGCUGGGACGGGGACCCCCUUUGAAAAUAGUUCAGGCUGUGAUGCCCCCCACCCCAACAAAAGGGAUGCUCCCCCCUCCCAUGCCAUCCUUACUUCUGCGCUGCUGCUGGCAACAGCGCUGCCUCCAGAGCUGGGCGCCUGGACUGCAGCCACCGCUCUCGCGACCCCCCUGCAAUAGUCUUGUGACCCCCUUUUGGGCCAGGGCCCCCAGUUUGAGGAGCUCUGUGCUAUAAACUACACGUUUCCCAAACCCGAAGAAAAGCUCUGUGUACGCGCGUCUCUCUUACCAACAGAAGCUGGUCCAGUAAAAGAUACUAGAGUACCUCACCCACCUUGCCUCUGAUAUCCUGGGGCCAGCCUGGCUGCAACAACACGGCAUAAGCUACACGGCAGACUCUUUCUAGUGUAGACGAGACCCAACUCUGUGUGGCUAGACCACAUGGGGAGGGGUUUAGGCGUCUACUCCGUCCAUGC